AUGGCGCCAAUGAAUAAUCAGAAUUUGAAUUACAGUAGUAAUUACGGCGAGGCCGCUGCCCAGAAGGUCAAUGUCCUUGCCUCUUGCUACCUCGUCGACUCUUCCGCCAGCCUCAAGGGCCUCCACUACUGCACUACCGGGGUUGCAGAUCCUAACUCUGCCCAGGGGCCGAGUGGUAUUCCUGAGGUCCCUUCCUCAGGACUACCCUCCCCUCCAACAAGCCCCCCCCUCGCCGCACUAACCUCGUCUAACGAGCUCGCCCUCUUGCCCAAGAGCAAGAAGCGAGAAAUCCCAGGCCGGCGCCUGGGACGACGAGGGGGGGCAGCACUUUCGAUCAGGGAAGAAUGUGAGAGAUUCUUUUGCGAGUCCAUGAAGGCGACUUUCCGCGGUGAGAGGAAUUCGUCGAUGCAUGGCUCCGGCCUGUCUGGUGCUUUUUUACCAACGCCGCCGUCCGAUGACCGGCUUCCCGAACACUUCAAGCCUGUCGCCGAUGACAAGCUAUCUGCCUACGAAAUUACCGCUUGGCUGGAGAUGUGGGACUAUGCCGGCGGUGCGAGCUUCCGCGCCUUUGCUGCUGAUGACGGAGAGGAGAAAUCUCUCUUCGUCUUCUUCGAUAUUGAGGGCGUCCUUGGCCGAGACCUGAAAAAGGCUCUUAUGGCCCUCAUUGAAUUGGCCGACGGUCCUCUGGACUGUGCCCACAUUGUUACUUGUAUAGACAGGCGCAUCCCCGCGGAUGACGCUCUCUCUCUGAGCAAGAGCCUUCAGUGGGUUGGCUUCGACAUGGUUACUCUUGACCACUGGGCUCAUGAUCUUGAUGUUACGAGCAAGAAGUGGAUGUUGAUGGCCAUGGAACUAUAG